AUGUCCGGGCAGCGCCCCUCCGUCGGCCCGCCGCGCUCGACGCACGCCACGUACCACCCCGACGGCUACGGCGUGUCCGAGGGCCUCAAGCGCGCGCGGCGCCCGUUCCUGCUGCGCAACGCCGUCACGGGCGGCGCGAUCCUCGGCUUCGUCGUGGGCGUCUACUACUACUCCAUCUCCAAGGUCCAGCAGGACGAGUUCGCAGACGAGGCGCCGCGUGCGUCCGGCGUCGGUGCAGGCGGCGCAGCGGGCGCCGGCGGCUCGAGCGUGAGCCUGCGCCCGGCACCAAGUGCGAACACGCCGUCGCCAAUCGCGGCACAGGCGACGCACUUCGGCAAGGCCGACGCGCCCAUCACGGCAGAGGAGGAGCGGCGCGCCGCCAUCCUGCGCGCGCAGGGCAGGCUGGUGUGA